AGCAGGGAGAAGUGAUACACCACCGCAUCGCUCCUCAUUCGUCGCGAAAAUACGGCUGCCGGCCUUUGCUGCUCGGGCGACGGCGGCAGCAGCAGCAGUAGCUGCAGCGUGCAGCCUGCGGAGCGACCACGGACGAAGACGAGGCGGAGCCGCAAGUGACACGGAUGGCUGCAACCUGCGCAGCGAUCGUAGAUGACGAGCCUCCGGAACCGCUGCGGCCGCAAAAGACGUGCUACGAAGUCAACGGCGUGACGCUGUCCGUCGACGGCUACGCCUACCGCCAGGACCCGCGCGGCGGCAACCUCUCCGCACACGGCAAGGCGACGGGCGAGGCCUUCUGGCCGGCGAGUCGCUUACUGAUGGACCACCUCGUGCGGGACUGUGAAUUGUUGAAAGAUGGUAGGCCGCGACGCGUCGUCGAGCUCGGCUGCGGCCUCGGUCUGGCCGGUUUGGUCGCGGCGACGAUGCUCGGCGCGACCAAGGGCAGCGAGUGCGUACUUACGGACGGCGACGCCGGCGUGGUCGCCAGGGCGCGCGCGUCGGCGAACAACGCUCGGGGCCACACGGCGCCCGUGUCCUGCGUCGAGCACCGCUGGGGCGAGCCGCACGACCUCGGGCGCUUCGACGUCGUCCUGGCCGCGGAGGUCCUGUACGACCCGGACGUAGCGCUAGAAUCAUCAAAUGCCCUCGCGAAGUCGUGCGACUCGCUAUUAGCCGACGGCGGCGUGGUUCUUGUUGCGUUCGAGCGCCGCGGUGUCGACCUCCAGGUCCUCAUCGACGCUUUCGCCGCGUUUGGCUUCGAUGGGGCGCCCGCGCCGUGCACGGACGGUGCCUACGAGGACAUUUUCGAGGAGCGCCAGGACGAGCCGUCGAUGCUGUGGCACCGAUGUCUCAUGUCGUUCACGAGACGACCACCAUUCGUCGACCUCACGGAUUGUGUCUCGGAGGAGGACCUCGCCGCAGUCUCGGAAGAGCUCGGGGCGCUCGGCGUGUUUGGGAGCGAGUUGGGCGAGGACGUCGACGUCAGUGUAUUUGCGGCCGAGAGCCAGAAGUACGGCGACGCGCUGGAGCUGGCCGACCGCGACACGUCGUGCUGGUGCGCCGACGCGUUCGUGAGCCGCGGGCCAGUGCGGAACCGGCGUCCGUCUUCGACGUGACGCGUCGACGCCGUCGACGCCGUCGACGCGUCGUCACCAUCGCAGGCGGACGAUUUUAAGUUGUGCCGCGCUCAUAGAGGUGAUCCGAGGACCUGGCGCCCGAAUGCGAACGCGACGGCGCUCCCGGCCGUCUCCGCCUUCGCGCGGCGCCUGCCGUGCUUUGCCGGUCGCGUCGGGAAAAUUGCCGUAAUCUUGAAUGGGCGGAACGACGCCGGCGUCGAGCACGCCGACCACGCGCUGCAGGAUCUGGUCUCCGAGUUCGUGUGGGUGCGGCCGCCGCGGUCGACGAAGCGGUUCUAUGUCGUGGAUAGUCGUGGCAAGAAGUGCGAGGUGCCGCCGUCGUGUCGAGUGUUGUGGUUCGAUGAUAGGCUCAAGCACGGCAUCUUCCCCGUCGACGACGAGGGCCAGGUCUCAAUUAGGAUCGACGGGCGCUUCUGCGCCGCGUUCCGCGAGCGGAUCCGGCGAGACGGCACGUUCGCCUUCGAGGAAGGUCCGGCGGUGCUCGCGGCGCAGAUCAAUGGACCGCCCUUCCUAAAACAGCGCGCCGCGGCGACCGCUUCUUUCGCGGCCGGCGACGCCGUCGAGGCAUGCUUCGGCAGCGGCUCGGUCUGGUACCCCGCGACGGUGCUGUCCACGCUCGACCGGGAGGGCAUGCCCAUGAUUGUGGUGCGCUACGACGAGGACGACGAGGAGGAGGAGCUCGAGCCCUGCUUCGUGCGUAAGACUACACUUGUUUAA